UGCUUCCCACGCGCUUUGACCCAUGGACUUUUGCCUCGCGUCUUUCCGCGUCCGGCAUUGAUACCUCGGAUACCCUGAGCCGCGCAUUCGGGAGGCGACGACCGGCCACCGCGGAACACGUCGAACGGCUCGUUGCGUCUUCAGUGCCGUCGCGAGUGGACAGGAGGGACGGGGCGCCGCGCCGGAGCGUCGCGCGCGUCCAAGUGCGUCGUGCAACGGGACUUGGUGCGAGAGGACGCGCACGAGCGAGUGAUCCUCCUGGCGCGGUGAGCGUGGCAAGUGGACCUAGCACGCACGAGACGCGAGACGCGUGUGAGGCACACAUACCCGGACGCAACGUGAGAUUCGCGCGUCACCGGUCGAAGCCGCGAAUAAUGUCGACGGGCAAGAGGCUGGCGAAACGCAGCAUAAUCGGCACGAGGGUGUGCGCGUCCGGCGAAGACGGCAAGUACUAUUGCGGCGCGAUUUACGCCGUGAAGACGCCGCAGGCCGCGUCCGCUGCCGCCGAGUCGUCGUCGUCGCCGUCAUCGUCGUCGUCAUCGUCGACGUCGACGCUGCCGUCAGGCAAGAGCGUCACGCCGAAGACCCUCUACUCCGUGCGCUUCGACGUCGUGCCGGGCGGAUGCCCGCCCAGCCCCAGCACCGAGUAUACGGAUCGCGACCUGAUCGGCCCCGGCUUCGGUUCCGUCACCAGCGCCCGGUUGGUCCCCGGUCAGAAGGUUUAUCUAACGUACAACGGUAGAGAGAUCCACGCGGAGGUCACGGAGCAUCGCCAGCAUCUCGACGAGGUGGACGUGGUCAUUGCCCCGAACGGCCAAGAGACGUGUACGCGCGGACCGUACGAACGACGCCAACACAUGGACGGGAGUGUAAGGAGGAAACGGCGACGGAUGCACGAGUUUAGACGAGGAGCGAAGGGUACUAUGAGCCUAACCAAACGCAUAGACGAGAUUAGGUUGCUGGAAUCACGCAAGAGCGCCCGGCUGGCCGAUCAGGACACGGACUUCGCCAGACUUGCCGAUAUGGCUGGCGAUCGUAAGCGGGCGUCCUCCCACUCUAUCGACGUGCCACACGUGAUGGCAUCCAGAAAACGACGGCCAAGCUCGAAUAACGAUUCCGAAAGGAUGUAUAGCGGUUGGGGCGACAGGAUACAAAGCGGAUACGGCUGCAAAUUUGAAAACUGUCUCAACAGCGAACGUGGCGACUGUAUGGACGAAUGCGCCGCCGCUCUGGUCCUCAUGUCGCUCUCGUGCUCACCUCACAAUCAUCACAACCCCCUUUCACUUCACUGCCAAUGCAACUAUGGUUCUUGGGGGAGUCGCGGAAGCGGAGGUGGCAUGGUUGCUGGCUCGCCGGGAGUUGGUGGCAUGUCGAAUAGCAGCAGCAGCAGCAGCGGGGCUUCCUGGCGCAGCGGCACCCCCAGCCCACCCCUCAGCGAGGAAGGUGUAUCGAUGAGGAGUUCACCGUGCCCGACCACAUCGCAUCCUUCGCACAAUCCGCCGCACUAUCCUUACAAUGCAUCCGGAUCUUCUUCGGGCAGUACCCCGGGUUCGACUGCGCUGGACGAGGGAAUAGUUCCCGAUUACAUUGAAGAACAGCACCCGCGUAAGAAGAUUCGAGCGAAACUCCAGGACUCGAGCGAGACGGAACCAGACGCGACUUUCGAAAGCGAACAGGCAAAUGCGGCGGUGGUGUUCAAGUGCAAUUGGCCAGGCUGCUUCGAAAUCAAAGCGACUGUUCCACUCAUUGAAGAACAUGUGCGCCAGUUACAUCUGGGUCCAAAGACGUCCAAAGAAUGCGAGGAUUACAUGUCCCCUCACGAGGAAGAGUUCUACUAUCAGGAGGUCGCUGUGGAUCACAUGAGCUCACCACCCACCAUGUCUCAUCGGGACAUGGCGCGGCCACCGCACGAAGAUCCAGAGUACCAGAAGCAGCUUCGCCUUGAAGCGACUCCUGCCACUAGUAGCUACGUGGAGAACGUAAUGGUCGGUGUCAAGGAGCCGAACAAUACGUUUACGAUCUCGCAAUCGCCGGGUACACCUAACAAGCACAUCAAACUGUCCCCGCGGCCGUUGCAGGCAUGUCACCAGCAGAACCAGCUUACCGCGUCGACGGGCAAGCCGUCCUCCCCGCGGCGAACUCGCAGCGAUGUAAAAAAAUGCCGCAAGAUCUACGGUAUGGACGCGCGUGAUCUCUGGUGCACUCAAUGCAGGUGGAAGAAGGCCUGCACCCGAUUCUGCAGCGAAUAGGCCAAGCGUCCGCCCCGUUCAUACGUCCGUGGGCGGAAACCCUUGUCAAGUCGACCCCAGAGUUUGCCAAUGCUACGUUGAACAUUUAACACCAACUGCCAAAUGCCAAUCACAUUCGUCGAGAAGACGGCGCCGGAGCAGGCUCCCUUGUUUCAGGGAGCGCGAGACCGCCAAUUAGACAUCAUAGCGGAAUGGUUAUUUCGUGGAUCACUCCACCGUGCACGACCGGUACCUUCGUAACAAGAGCGACAAGCGCAAGAAGCGAGAAUCCUUGAAAGCACCAUCUUUUCCUCGUUCUUCCGUUUCCCGUUGCCACACAGAGACGACGGUAAUCAACGCAGGCAAUGACAACAGACACGAGUUUCAAAGAGAAAUGUCGAUCGAAUGAUGAUCGUGCGAUUCGUGCGCGUAACGCGCAAACAUCAUUCCGAUACUCGUUGGAGGAAGAAUGGAAGAAGAUUCAUCCGGAUGAUUUCCGAAUGGUCCGUUCAUAUCUUGCACUUGGCAAACUCCGACCGGGUUCCUUAGCCGUAAUAAGGGACUUCUCGAUUAAUAGAUAGCGAAUACUUGGCGCAUGGAGCGAAGCGACCGUUUAGAGUCGCGUUGCGAGUGUUGCGUUCUCCGCGUGAUUUUCGGGGAACCAGCACGAGAUGUCGCGCCUCGCUCCCCGCCUGACAAGGAAAACCUCUUCGGUUCGGUACUCGUACGAGAUACUUGUACUCGGAGUGAGCAUCACGUGCCCUCAGAGUGCCGAUUCUCGAACCGUUUCUUAGGUCAUUGCUAAUAGGUCUUCCUUCUUCCGCCAGGAGCGCAAACGCGACGUGCUCUCGGUAAUGACAGAACUAAAAGUUACAUCGAUUCCCAGGGAAAGAUCGCCGUUCGUUCGACCCCUGGGAAAUUGAGCGAUCGAGUCUAACGGACGAGAGGAAGACCGGCAAAAUCGACGUACGGUCUGACGUUCAACGCUGAACGAACGCAGACAGGCAGGCAGACGAAUCGGAGGGUCUUGCGUGGAAUAAGAGCUACUAAUUGUGAUAUUGUAUCUAAAUUUAUCGGAUUUCGCCUGCCGCGGGUCAAAUGGGAGAUCCGCGGCAGACGUGGAUGAAAAGGAAAUCGGCGAAGCGAAAUAAGAAAGAAAAAACGAGAAAGCAAAAUUUUAUACACCAAUUAUACUGCCAGAUAAAUAAUUCGAAAAAUUGUUGUUCAAGACUCUCCCGCGCGUUAGGGGGGCAUUAUACGUUGCACGGCGCUCAUCGCGCCGUAUACCAGGCUUAGCCUUGGUUAGCCUUCCGACGACCUAAGAUCGUGUUCGCCAACAAAGGAGCUGCACGCGUGUACGGGUGUUAGGCCACGCAUUUCGAUCGAUCGAUUUAUUAAGAUCUCUAGUGAGAGUCUCUAGAUCACAUACACGUACACAAAAAUAUACACCACAUACACACAUCGUACGCGUGCAAGGAUACUACUACGACAUCACAUAGUCUACAUCAUUUCUGAUACUCCUUUCUCGCUUUGGACUGUUCGUGGGACGAUCUAUCCACUUGAACCGAUUAUUUUGAGGUACAUUUGAUCUCGAUGAUAUAUUUCUAAUAUAGUGAUAACGAAUGAAUACUUGCGGAUUUUAUAUGUUGACAGAUUUGACGAAACAAUUUUUGCAAGUAAACCACAUGUUUUAAGAGGAUUCGGUCGCUUAAAGCUGCUUAGAGCCCUUCAUUGCAGUCAUGUUGUACCUGGAAAUAAAAUCGAAUUUGAUUUUUCGUUUUUUAAUCACUUGAGUUUUUUGCAUGUUAUCACAUUGUAUUCAAUGCGAUGAAUUUAUCAGAUAUGCCGGAAAUUUUUUAAUUAUAGUAAUAAUAAUAAACAUAUAAUAUGAUCUACAUAUGUGUAAUACAUAUAUGCAGAUUGAAUUGUAUGCGUACACAUACAUGUUUUAACAUAUAAUGCAAAAAUUUAUAUAAUUUUUCACUUUUGAUGCUACAAUGUGACUGCAAAGUGAGAAGGAAGGAACUUUAAGAUUUUAAUGCAAUAACUGACAAAAAUGUUUCGUAUUUUGACGGGAGGAAAUCAGUGAGAUGUCGCAAAAUGUGCUACACGUUGUACGUGAUGAAGAAGAUAAUUAAAAUGCGACACUCACUAGUAAAGAUUUCUUCCAAUUUCACAAUCAAUGUUCAUAUUUUAGUAUAAUUAUCUUGUAUAUUUAAUAUAUAUCCUGUAUAUUACGUGUAUCAUCUUGUAUAGUACGUCCCUCGUUUUAUAUAAUUAUUAUUGAACUUAAUGUACUAAGAAUUAGUAUAUUAAUGUUGUUUAUUAAUAAUGACGUCACGGGGGUUUAGAUUUGUAUUAGUAUGACGAGAUGUCAAUUGACAGAAUGUGCUACUCAAAGUGCGAUUCGAGAUUGUAACUCAAAAUCAAUAAUUCUCCUAAAGAUUUACCAUUUUAAAUUGUGUUCAGAAUCAUAGGCAUCGCGUUAUUGUCAGUAUUUCCCGACUUUUUAUCGAUAUUUUUUAUCGAACUUUAUCCGAUUUUUCUAAACGAUGUCGCAAUUGUUUUUAAAAUUAUCAACAGCGAUCGUUGCUUGACGUAAUGUUGUCGUCGCACACACGGACAAGGUCUACUUCUCCAGUAAAUUCGAUCGACGGAUCGUGUUUGAAAUUUAUCGUAUAUCUUAAAGUAUCAGAAAAUCGCGCUCCGACGAUUAACACACUGUGCUCACUGAGCACAAGUACGUCGACGAGCGUGGAUCAUUGAAUUUUUACACGGAUAGUAUAAUGUUCGCGACGAUAUAGAGAAUCACGUUACAACGUAUUCGCAAAAUGAAACGUUAACAUACAAGUGCAGAUAGCAUAGAAAGUAAUUGCCGUCCAUGUAGGUUCUUUCCUCCGAUCAAAAUUGUUACGCCCCAUUAUGGCAACCAGUUAACCAAGGACAAUAUCUAUACGGAAACUACUCUAAAAAGAGAUACUAUUAAAUUUAAUAUUUAAAGCUAUUAACGUGAUCUUUCUGUCGUGACUUUAUUCUGUGCAAUUUGUACACGCGUGCAGUAUGUAUAACAUUAGGGAAGUGCGGCGGUAACAUUGAAACCUGUAAAGCUAAAGAGAAAAUUACUUCCAAAGUUUAUCAUGUGUGCAAACUUUACUUUUAAAUUUUUAUCUUUAAGAUAUACAUUCUAAAAUAUAUGAACGAUAACGUCGUUAUAUACAAAUAUUCCGUUGUAUAUCUUUCGAAAUGCAAUUAUUACCGAUAUUAUCUUUCGUUAAACUUUAGCAUGUUUGUGUUUAUUUUUUUAUUGAUAUUUUCGGCUGUACACUUGAUAUGAUAUGUAUUCUGUAUGUAUCUUUGCGUCUAAAAUUGAAUACUUUUUACAUAAAUACAUCAUGUGUAACGUGUCGGAAUUAUCAAUCUGGAAUUAUCUAUAGCUGCGAGCUAUAACGCAUACGUUUUUACAUAAAUUAACUGAACGAAAAAAUUAGUUUUACUAGUUCAACCGACCUUCAGACGUUAAGACACGUAUACAUGAUAAUCCAGAUCUGUGUUUUAAUUGAAUGAAUUUGAAUUUCGAAUUUUGUUCAUGUGGCAAGAUGCAAAGCCGCUGAGCGGGAUCGUAUCUGUCGUCACUGCAAUAAAUUCCCGAUGGUCUCCAUAGAAAUUUCGAUACUUCAUUGUUGAACCCACUAUGCGUGCACACAAUGACACGAGUCGAUUGAUGGCGUCAGGGCGUCUCUCGACGAGAGCGUCGCGUUGAAGAGAAUUUUGGCGGCGAAUUACCAAACGUGGGAUGGCACUUCGCGCAUGUGAACAAGUACAAGUUUAUUAACUGUGCCAUUACGUAUGCCAAAUAUUCUCUGAUAUCCUCACUCCGUAAUGAAAAAAAAAACGAGCGAGAAAGGAAAGAAACCUCCGCGAACGGAAAAGGAAAUUUCACGACGUGAAGCGAAGCGAGCGGGAGGAGCGGGCGAAGUUGCAACAUUCAUAACGAAAACUUUACAGACUUAAAGAUACCUCAGGUUCACUUCGUACGAAUGUGCAGCGCGCAUCAUUGUCCCGUUCGAAGCGACUGAUCGAUCGAGGCACCCUUUUACGGGUGCCGUUUUAACUUGCUCGAUCGUCAAAACGGACGUUUUGAUCCGUUCUCCGUUGCUUCGACUCGGACAACCGGUAAACGCUGAACGCCACGAAGCGUAAUAUUUAAUCUUCUCGCGAUGUUAACGUCAAUAUUACUUAGUCGAAUCCGUCGCAACGAGCCGUUGCGGCGAUUCGGAACACCAUACGAUGUAGAGAAUAUAUCGCAUUUACAAUCGGCAGCCUCGGAAGAUCCUCGAGAUCGCGCGUCGUGGCCGUGUUCGUUGCCCCCCACGCGGCCUAAGCCAGAUACUCCCCGUCAGCGGACGAGAAACCGGAGUUCCAUCCGAUCCAAGAUCCGUUUCGCUCGCGAGACGACACGAUUGCCGAUCCGUCGGUCGGUUCCCUCCGAGCGGAGCGGAGCUCCGACACACACGAUCGGGGAACCGUAUCGUCGGCAACCGCGAACGCGGACCCUCCAGGACAGCCACCGUGCACUACGACAGUUCGAUCAUGAUCGAUUCCGCGCAGAUUAGCCGAACCUUCGAUCGGUUCGACACUUACGCGAACGAUCGGCGGGAACCUGACCUGCUAUCGGGGGUGAUAGAGCGGGGGAGGGAAGGGUGCCCUGUACCGGAAUACGACGAUCGCUCCACGGGUUUGAAGUUCGACACCGAAGCUCUGUCCAGCACCGUUCGCCGAGAUACCGAAGCAAGGAUUAUGUCGCGAGUCGAAGCCACUAUGGCCGGGAUUAUCAUACCAAAACGAUCUCAUAUCGAUUUUUAACGAAGCGUAUAAUUCUCACCAGUAUGUACGGCCGUGCCGGUUCGUCGCUGCCACCCUGUUGGCGGCAGCGCCGGCCCGCACUCCGGAUUUUAUCGGGAAAAUUGUUAAUAAGAUGCUGCUAUACAUAUAUGUACGUGCGGCUGAUAUAUAGCAUACACACACAUACACACACAUACCAUGUACAUAUAUAUAUAGAACGAUAGAAUCCGCGGUACGUGAUACAAGCGGCGGUAUCUAGAAGUGGCCUUCUUGUGGUUCUAGCUCAUUGGCUUGGACCGUCCGGCGCUUUGGCCGACCGUACAACACAAAGACAUAUUAUAUUAUUGCUAUUAUAUUAUAUUAUAUAUUAUAUAUGAUUAUAUAUAUUAUUAUUAUUAUUAUUAUAUUAUCAUUAAUUUUUAUUGGUUAUUAUAUUAAUUAUUAUCGCAUCCAUCGACAUCGUCAUCUUCAUUUUAACACUUAACACGAUUAUUAGCGUCACUCACACAGAACGUUAAGUAAUUGUUAAAGAGCGCGAAAUCUUUAUUAAUAUUACGUUAGUAUGGAUCGUUAAUGUAUCGCCCCGCGUUAAAUGGGCGUCCUCUCGAGAUGGCUCGCGCAUUCGAAGUGAUAUAGAAACAUCGAGCAGACCAUGAGAUGAAGAAUACAAUCUCGCAAGACGUGCAACCAGCGACUCUAUCAUUCUUAUGUCCAUAUACCGCUGCAAAAGAAGCUUCUAUUUAUAUAGAUAAUGCAUAUAUAGUUAUAUAACGCUGUGGUUAUGUCGCAUUAUUUGACGCUCGGUUAUUCUAACGAUUAUAUGACUGAGAGAUUACGAUAUGCAACACGAUAGUUACGUUUGAGUGUAAAUUUUAUCCAUUAAGACGACGUAAUAAAGGCAUCUAACAAAAUCGCACACCAACUUAUUGAUUCAUCUUACCGCAUACGCGUCUCUUUCGCACGUUUCCGAACGUGCAAAGUAAAUUUUCUAUGGCAAUUGGAGAUACCGUAAAAAUCAUGUGUAAUUCGUACAUGAGUUUUUUUACUGUUACCCGUAUCUUUCAGAAUUCAUUUUACUGUUGCGCGCGCACUUCUUACCACCUUGCGAAAAUAAUGAUAAGAUCGAUGCGAUUUGCAAGCACAUCUCGAGAACGAGGAGAGCGCGGUGUGCGAGAAACACACAAUUGAGAUUUCACAGACUUAAUUGCGCGCUACGUCGUGCAUCGCCACUUAAGUUUCCUCAACGGAUUCUCGUAGAAUGAUGAAAUUCAGUUUUCGUUUUCUGAUUUCAUAAAUCUCUCUCUCUCUCUCUCUCUCUCUCUCGUAGACGUACUACGGCGCUAUUUGACAGACGUCGAGUCUUCGACAGCGUAAACUAGAAAUUCUACGAUAUUUUAUAUAAGUCGCGUUUGAUGAUAAGUACUUGAUGUUCUUUCGAAUACGAAUGCACUGUGAGGUGUUCACAGGUGUUCUUGCUCAAUGCGCAUACACGACAGGCGGAGCCUGUCGCAAGACGGAUAUCACCAAAAGGUAGUUCACGUAUUCGUCACCGGUCGUACUUCGGUACUUAUGCGAUAAUGAGACAUAAUCGCAGCUUCAUUCUCGCAGCGUAACUUUUACAGUAGCUCUGUACAUAGCGUAGUGUUCGAACACUCGUUCCACGUGAGAGAUGUUUCAGACAGCCGGACUAGCGAUCGAUCCAAAUGAGCAUUCGGCGAACCGUUCCCCCGCCGGAUAUAUAUAUAUAUAUAUAUAUAUAUAUAUAUAUAUAUAUCCUGCGUACACAAAGUCUAACGAAACACGACAUGCUGAAAUAGAAUUGCGGGGAUCGUACCUUCGUAGAUGUUUCGACGCGAUUUACAAUGCGCAAAGAUCGUUCGCUAACAAGUGCAUAUCUUGCAGACGCAGGCUGCGGUCCAAUUGACGUUUCGCAAACACUUGAGAACACUUUCUAUCCAUUUUCUUCCUUCAAAUAAAAAAAAAAACGAAAGGAAGGAAAGUGUUUUAAAGCAUUUCGAGCAUCGACUGAAUCGCAGCCAGAGUCUCGCUGUCGAAUCAAAUCGUGCAUUUGAAGGUGCCACUUGGAGAGCACCGAAUGCAUCGCGAUCGUAGUUUUAUAAACUGUUACGCCUGUCGGGUACACACUAUACUGCCGAAUCUUUGUAUUUUAUCCGUUCGUCAAAGUUUUUCUCCUCCUUUGUUGAACGUGUUUGUAAGACGCGCGCGGAACGCAGCGCGGCAACGAAGUAAACUCGCGGUCGAUGCCGACGAUAGUGCGUAACGAUACGCGUAAAUAAAUGAAUAUACGCAUAUACGGUAAAACGAAGGAUAAAAUCGCGUUCGUGUAUAGUGUCGAGACGAAUUCGCGUCGCGUGGUGACACACGACGCGAGUUCGUACGGGGAGAUUCUUAGCGAAACUCUAAAGCGGACUGUCCUUUGCAGUUAGCCCACACAUCGUGACGAAUAAUAAUUGCCGCCGCGUUUUAAGAACGUAGUAGCGUCCUGACAUGUUAACCGAAUACGUAGCGAACAGUAGCGAGAAGAGUGUGUGUGUGCGCGCAUCUCGCGCGCGAAAAGAUCGUACGCUGUAAAUUGCCUUCACCGCGAAACUUAGCGUUCUGGCGCGUAAGAAUUAAGCCGAUAACGUAGUUAUCACCAUAGAGCUGGCUGUAGGCCGGGAAACCGCAUAAUUGCACCGCUGUUAUUGAAUAGAGAAUUUACAGCUAAAUCCAUGUAUAUAUAAUAAUGCAAAUAGUAUUACGAUUCUC